AAUAAUAGAGUCGUGUCUUUUCUGCUAUGUCAUCUUGCAAUGAGAUUCUCCUCAUCCCAUAACAUAAAGCAAUAUAAUCAUUUCACAAUAUGUUCAUGACAUGCUUUGGUUUCUGAUCUGCAUUCCUCAAGAGAUGGUGUGGCCAAGAAUUAUUACUUCAGUUCUUCGAUCAAACUCACCUUACCCAAGACUUAUGGAUCGGGUAAAAACUGAAGCUUGCCAUGCAACAUCAUUGCCUUCAUUCAAUGAAAAAGAACAAGAGGAUCAUGGUUAUGAAAAUAAAGGUGUUGAUGUAGGGAAUAUGGCUGAAACUGAUGGCUAUUUGAAUCUAUUUGGUUUGAUGAAACAAAGAUUCUUAAACUUCAAGAACCAAAAAUACAUAAAAGAGUUGGAGCAUUUUCAAUCUCUUGCUAAAGCUCAAUAUCCAAAGUUUAUGGUAAUUGCUUGUGCAGAUUCAAGGGUAUGUCCCUCUAACAUAUUAGGAUUUCAACCUGGUGAAGUCUUUAUGAUACGUAACAUCGCCAAUCUUGUUCCUACGAUGAAGAAUGGUCCAUCAGAGUGUAAUGCUGCUCUUGAAUUUGCAGUAACUACUCUUCAGGUUGAGAAUAUAUUAGUCAUUGGUCAUAGUAGCUGUGCCGGGAUCGAAGCUCUGAUGAAUAUGCAACAAGAUAGGGAACCAAGAAACUUCACACACAAUUGGGUUGCCAAUGCGAAAGUUGCCAAAUUGAAGACUAAACCUGCCACAUCUCAUCUUAGCUUUGAUCAACAAUGUAGAUUCUGCGAGAAGGUAAGUAGCGUAACCAUCAUUUUGAAAUGUAGGAAGUGUUGUUAUUUUGGAAAGGUGAAAACAGUUAGUUUGAAUUUGUUGCAGGAGUCUAUUAACCAGUCUUUGUUAAACUUGCUAAGUUAUCCAUGGAUAGAAGAUAGAGUGAGGAAGGAAUUGGUUUCUAUUCAUGGUGGAUAUUAUGAUUUUUCCAAUUGUUCGUUUGAGAAAUGGACACUUGAUUUUAAAGAAUGUAAUGUUAAAGAAGAAAAAAAUAGUUACAUUGUCAAAGAAAAAGAAUUAUGGUGCUGAGGGGAUAAUUGUCAUCUUGGAUUUUUUGUGAUUCUAUUCUAUCAUGUAAAGAAGAUAAUGCAAAGUUACAUGAAUCCUCAA